AUGAUGUUGUUACGUAGUUUACGCAUCGGGAUUUGUUUUAUUGCAGUUGUGAUUCUUGUUGGUGAAAAUAGCGGUGAAAGUUUUAGUAGAAACAUAAUUUAUGAAAACGUUGCAGCUAGAGAAGAUGAAGAAGAUCUGCCUAUAAAAAAUGAUAUUGUGUCAUAUGCAAGUUCUCUAAAAAAAAUACUGAAGUUUGCUCUCAGAAAUAAGAAUGAGAUUGAUUUGAAUUUUGCAUUUGGCUUAUCAGUAAUGUAUGAUAAUUUAAAACAUGUACAAAUUACUAAACAACACAGACUAUCAAAAGGCUUAAAGCAAUUUUUAAAAGAUUUCUUAAAGAAAAAUAGAGAUUUAAUUACGUAUUUUAAAUCAAUGGUCAAACGAGAUAAGAAUGAAAAGAAUGAACAGGACAGAUUAAGUAAAACUCUUGGGGUCAGAGGUAUCAGCGAUUUCGUUGAUGAAAAAAUUUCCGUAUUUCUAUAUACUAAAAGUGUAUAUCCGGAAUGGGAAAAUUAUGCAUCAAAAGUAAAAGAAUUUUAUAAAUGGAAGCCGAAUCCUAUGGAAGCUGAUAAGUGCUUAUCAUCACUGGCAAGGAGUAACUGGAACACACCGAGGUGUAAUUUUAAGUAUUCGUGCUAUAUAAUGUUGGUAAAUGGUGACAAUUUUGGUUAUGCGUUAACACACAGAUUACUUUGGUUACUUCAAGCUAAGCGAGGGCGAGGUUGCAAUAUUUAUAGGUCAUAUGAAGAUAGAGAUUUGAUGCACACAUUUUGCAUAAGGAUGGUACGUGAAGCCAAUUACAUCGCUGCGAACGGAUUUAAGUUUCUCGAUUUAAUGCUAGAACAGAUGACCCUGUGCCCGUUAGCUGGCUAUGCGCACACCCUUCGUCGUUCUUGGCUGGCAGAAGUGCUAGAACAUCAAAUGAGGUUUGGAUGUUUCAGCCCUAAAUCGUUCGUGUCAUCUACAAAUGCAAAGAACGAUGGACACCCGUGGUCCAUUUCGCUUAAUAAUUCUUCUAUGUUAGGAGGGGCGUGCGACAGGCACUUGACUGCUGUUGCUGCUGGGGCAUUAUCAGCUGCGUUUAGAUAUAUAGCGGAAACACAAUUUUGA